UAAGCGUGUUUUGGGUUGGUCUGUUAUCGUUAUGAAACGAAACAGCAGAAGCCUGUGACGCGACGCGUCCUCAUUCAGAUGUGUUUAGCCGCGCGCUUCGCGCUCUUUUGUGAGACCCACAGAAAGGCGGCAAGCUCGAGCACAGAGAGGGCUGUUGUCGUGACAACCGAUAACGGGACUCUCGUGAAGGGGGCAGCAGAGCGCUAGUGUAGCGAGUGAGUGUGUGUGUGUGUGUGUGUGUGUGUGCGGGGAGUCGGUGCACGGCAGCAGCGCGCCUCCGGUUCAUCUCUCCGCUGUUUCCCGCGGAUCUCUCGCGCUCUUCAUCUGUUCACUGUGUUUCUCUGUGGAUUUUCUCUGGAGAUGUUCGUGUGGAGACGCACCUCGUUCCGCCAGCUGCAGGCGUGUUUUUUCCGACUGCUAUGUUUUAUUCCCACAGGAUUCCCGGUGAUCAGCGUGGACAGCCAGAGAUCCACCGACAACAUCACCAUCAGACAGGGAGACACGGCCGUGAUCCGGUGUUAUGUGGACGAUAAGGUGUCGAAGGUGGCCUGGUUGAACCGCUCAAACAUCAUCUUCGCGGGUGAGGAUAAGUGGUCUCUGGACCCGCGGGUGGAGCUGGUGACUCAGGGUCAGCUGGAGUACAGUCUGCGGAUACAGAAGGUGGAUGUGUUCGACGAGGGGCCGUACACCUGCUCCAUCCAGACCAAACAGCAGCCCAAGACGUCACAGGUCUAUCUCAUCGUUCAAGUUCCUCCAGUCAUCUAUAAAGUUUCGGACGACAUCACUGUGAACGAGGGCAGUAACGUGACGUUGACGUGUUUGGCCAAUGGGAGGCCAGAUCCCUCCAUCACCUGGAGACUGCUCAACCCGUCAGCCGAGGCUCUGGACGUGGGCGAGUAUCUGGAGAUCUCUGGGAUCGUUCGCUCUCAGGCCGGACGUUACGAGUGUAAAGCGAGCAAUGAUGUCUCCACUCCUGAUGUCAAAUACGUCAACGUGGUGGUGAACUACCCGCCGUACAUUAAGGAGGUGCGUAGCUCCGAGACGCCGGUGGGUCAGGCUGGAGCUCUGCACUGCGAGGCGUCUGCGGUUCCUCAGCCUGAGUUUGAGUGGUACAGAGACGAGCGCAGACUGUCCAGCUCUCAGAGCGUCAGUAUUCAGAUCAGCGGCUCUCGUACGCUGCUGGUGGUCGCAAACGUCACAGAGGAUGAUUACGGAAACUACACGUGUGUCGCCACCAACAGACUGGGAAUCCACAAUGCCAGCGUGUUCCUCUACAAACCUGGCACUGGGCGGGACAUCAAUGCCUCCGGCUGCGUCUGUCAAUCAUUCUGGCUCCUCCUCCUGUCUGUUCUCUCGGCUCUUCUGAAGUGUUAAUGUUCAGCGCAGACGCUCUGAACGCGAUCGAUCGUCUCAGACUGUUUCCAUCCGUCCAUCCACGCUCACCGUUACGCCCCGGCAGGACGACCGUCUUAUUAUCAGGAAAAAAAUAUGACAUGGAGAAAAGAAAGAAGGUGCUCUUUUUAAGACAAGAAUAUUGUCAUUUAACCGGUUCAAGCGCUGACUUCCAGUGACGCCCGUCUGUCUGUCGUCUGAGUGCAUGUAUGUGAUUUACCACAGAAACCCAGAGUCAAAUCAUCAAGAAAAAUGGUUCAUUUCAUUGUGUUUUUCCAUAAUACCCUGCAGCCUGUUCCCAAAUCUGCCUAAUGUAAACUAAUGAAGGAGCGUUAGAAUCAUGUAAAGUCGUUUAGAUGUGGUUUAAAGCUAAUGACUAGCAGAAGGGACUGAAACACAGUAUUUUCUCCUGAAUCUUCAUCAUGAAGAUUCUCCGAGAUCAGAUAAUGUUUGAGACGCUCACGUCCAUCUGUGUUUGUGAUGAUUGAUUGGAGAAACUUUUCACAGAGGCAGAACAAAUCCCGCCCCUAAGCCCCUCCCACGUGUAGCCCCGCCCAGACACACUAAACCCCUCCCACUCCAGGCGGAUCUGCAGGUGUUUCUUCAGGGUUCCUGUGAACUCUCUCUCUCGUGAAAAACAGUUAUUUUGUAGGGAAACCUGUAGAAUUCUGUGGAAUGAUUUUUACCGUGGUAAAGCGUGAGAUUCGUCCAGACCCUCGUGUCCUGAACCUCGUCUUCUGCGUGUCUGUGAAAUCGUAUGAACUCUGAAUUGUACGACACCAAUGAAUGCUUCGCUUCGAUUCGCUGCUCAUCCCGUCGCGUCUGUCGCCUGUAAAUAUUCUUUUGAAUCGAAUGUCCUCACAUGGAAACGAAACGAAUCUUCAGUUCAGGUUUGUUCAGAUGUAGUUCGUUAUCUGCGGUGGCGCUUUGAUGCUUCCUGUAACAAACUGAAAUUAGAUACUAAACGUAAAGAUUUUUAAUACAAAUAUUUAAAUAUCUUGUUCUAAAACUAGAUUUACCUUUGAAGCGGCUGCACUACUAUUCUUAUUUAUAGAGACUGAUCAUUUCUGUUCGUUAGUUAUUAUAAUAGUAGUUGUACAGAAAUGAGCUGAAUCCACUAACUGCCAAACGAUUAUAAAAAAAAAACGAUAUAAAAAAGCCAUUUAAGAGAUGAUUUACACACACACAUGCAUUCGUUUUCUUUGUCGUUGAAUUUAUGCGUCCCUCCCUGAUUUUCUUUUUUACUAGUUUUCUUUUUCUUUUGAUUUUCUCAAAGAGCAGAUUGUGUGUAUGCUUUCAUAUAUAAAAUACAUUUCAAAAGUAUUAUGAAUCCCUUCUGGGUUUACAGUAGUGAGCUCUUCAGCCCUUUGAUUGACAGCUCUCUCAGCCAAUAAGCUUUCAGCGUGUGAGCUCUGAUGCCUUGAUUGGAUGAACCCGUGUGUGGCUCGGCGUCUGGUUUUUAAGGGCUAGUCGUGUGUCUCCUGUAGUCCGCAGAAGCUCUCGCUCGUGCCCUGAACACCGAUGUUUGGGUUUGAUGCGAUCCAAAGUCAAGCGUCCUGAAGUCCGGAUCAGGACUCGUGUGUUUUCUAUCCGAACGCUUCUGUACAGCUUCACUGCAGCGUGUGUGUUUAACAGUUACACUCAAUGAGGAUCAGCUGACUUUAAUUUCACCGUGUUUAGUGUGUGUGUGUGUGUGUUACUCCUGAUGCUCUGUAACAUGACGAGAAAACUGGACCCUGUGUUUUUGUCGAUCCUCUUUUGCUACGGGACGCCGGAGUCUCUAGAAAGAGAUUUUCUGGGUCGUUCGACUGACAUCUUCAUGAAAAGCAAUGAACAUUUUCUAACUGUGUUUAUUUACUCUAAAAUUACUGCAGUCAUUUUUUAAACCCUUCUGCACUGUAAAGAACUCAUGAAGUGUUUAAAAUGGAAAUAAAGUCAUUUGAAUUUGUUGUAUUUCAAAAGUGGGUUUAAGAAAAAAAAAAAGAUUGUAAUUUUUGGUGAGAAAAUGAGGCUUAUGAACUCUGUUAAUCAUGUAACAUGCAAAUAAAGGAAUAUAAAGAUUGUUAGAGCUCCC